CGUACGGUUAGCACAACGAAAGAUCCACGUUACUUUGAAGCGAAAGAUGAUCUCCUUUCUCACUUUACAUUAUGAUAUUGUAGCGCUUCGUCUUAGGAGCUAAAUUUCGUUUCCGUUGCAGUUUCUGUCGGUGGAAUUAAGAGCAGGCCGUCUCUGGGCACCCAUACUGCAUCCGAUGCCCGUCUGCUCUGAUAAUGGAGGAGACAUAUUUGACUGUAUACAGAGAGGGGAUAUUGAACUGUGUAUCCAGUGCCUUCAAAAUGACCGGUCAGUUCUCAAGCAAACAGGCUGGGGUGGUUUCACCCCACUCCACUACGCUGCACUCCAUGGUACCCGCUCCCUGGUUGAUCUUUUCCUCGGUAAUGGAGCUGACCCUAACCGGCCAUGUGACGGAGGACAGACAGCCUUUCAUUUUGCCUGCAGGCAAGGGAACAUCUUUAUUAUACACCAGAUGAUGCAGUAUGGAGCCGAUUUGUGUCUCAUCGACCAGCAGCGAAAGACAUCGCUGCACCAUGCAGUCACGGGGGGCAGCAUUGUUGCGGUGCACUUCUUGUGGGAGACAGGAAUGUUCCGGUUUUCAGACACAGACAUGUACCAGGUGACACCCCUUCACCUGGCUGCAUCCACAAGCAACACCGAGGUGGUGCGGUAUUUGCUCAGAGACCAUAGAUGUUCUGUGGAUGCACUUGACCGGGAGGGAUCCACCGCGCUCCAUGUUGCAGCAGAGAUGGGUGGAGUGGAGGUGUGCUGGACACUGCUGCAGAGAACAGGGUGCAGGAUUCUCCAUCAUAAGAACCACAGCGGCCUCACGCCACUGGACCUCAGCAAACAGGGGAAGACAUUUAGACAUCAGCAACUCACCAAGCUACUGAGGCGAUACAAUAAGGAACCAAUACACCACCAGCCCAGGGAGUCUCCUGUUUUGUAUUUCUGGACUCUGUGUUUUCCAACCGUGAGUGGAGCUGCCAUCCUGUUGAUAGCAGCCAUGAUGGGAGGCUAUGGGGCGCUAACCUGUGGUUUGCUCUUCCCCUGGCUGGCUAGAAGCAUCUUCUCACAGUACCACCGCAUGACGACGUACCAAAGGUUACCAAACCCAAUCUAUUUGGGAACUCUCAUAGCUGGCCUAUUCCAUUCCCUGCUCUGCUUCUAUGGAAAGAUGAUGCUUAGUGUGUGGUCAAACAGUGUUGUGGUCCAUGUGUCGAUGGUCCACUUCUCCGUGGUCCUCAUUUUGUUCUGCAAAGUUCUUAUUCAGGACCCAGGGACACUGGAGAGAGCAGAUGCAGAUCCUCGGUUCUCCUGUAUCGCUGACCUGGUGGAGAACAACGAGAGCCCUCACAGGUUCUGUCCAUACUGUGAGUUGUUUGUGCCGGACUAUACGAAACACUGCAAGCUGUGUGAGGUGUGCAUCAAAGACUACGACCACCACUGCCUUUUCCUCAACCGAUGCAUCGGCCGCAGUAACCACCGCCUCUUCCUCAUCUUCAUCCUCUCCAUGGCGGUUGCCCACCUGCUUUUUGUUGCCACGGCAACAAGUUACCUGUACGACAGGAUGCCCGUGAGCAAUUACAGGUCAUCAUCGUGGCUGACUUUGUUCGGGGAGGAGUUCUGGGUUGUGGUAAUGAUGACAAUGAAUGUGCUGACACUGCUCUGGGAGGUGUGGCUACUGAUUGAGCAGUUUGAUGCCGUCGCCACGGGAACGAGCACCUACUUCCGACAGUGUGAAAGCUCCGCGCGGCAGCGGUCACUCUCAGAGCGCUGGGUUGUCGUGCUGUCGUUUCUGCUGGAGGGUCGAAGACGGGUGGGAAGAGGACAAAUAAGAGAGGACAAAACUGCCAUAGACAUUUAAAAUGGUCAGCUUGUCGUGUCUCCAGGAGUCAGUUUACAGUCGUUAAUAUCAUAUAACAUGUUGUACUUGAAUGUAAUUGCAUCCUAAUAUAAUAUUUAAGAUAUACAGUAGGUUGCAGAAUAGAUUAGUCAGCAGAUUUGUUUAGAUGUUCACCUAGUUUUUAGAAGCCUUUCAGAAUACGUUUAAGAUAUCAGUGUCCCAAUUAACGUGUUUACUUUGUUCUGUGUUGUGAAGUACUUGAUUCCAAAACUGUUCUUGUAGGGAGCACCUCUGAACUAAUGCUCACAAUUACACCGUUUUUUGUCUUCUACAUCAGCUUCAUUAUUUUGAAUGUCAUUGUCAUAAUUGUUUUUCAGAAAAGUGUGUCAUGGUGUUAAAGCAUUGCUCAAAGUUGUGAAGAUGUGUGUAGACUCCUCAUAACAAUAAGCAAGUCCUGUGAUUAGUUAUGAUGGUUACUAGCAAGUGCACUGAAAUACUUUGUUCCUGAAAUAACAUAAUUACCUCUCUGAUCUGCUCCCAGUCAUUUGAGCCAUGACACUUCCUCUGCUCUCACUAAUGAGACAUGCUCUUUUAAUGCUUUCAAUUUAGCACACUCAUUUCCCUUGUUUCCCCCACGACCAUAUUUCUAGAUUAUAGAGGAUGUUCCCCACAUCCCUCAGAGGCUGGUGUGUCUGGACUAUGUGAGAGGCUACAUCACAUGAUAGUUAAGAUGAGCGCAUGUAAGCCAUGUGACUGCUGUUAUUGUAUGUUUCUGUCCUUGGAUCAGUGUUAUUGUAUAUACUACCCCAGUUAUAUGUGCUAAUGUAUUUUAUCUGUGGUUACAUCAUUUAUUUGGGUUUCCAAAGUGAUACCUCAUUAGUGCCAUGAUGUUUUUAUGCUGAAUAAAACAAAUCACGGAAAUUAGUAAAUUUAAAA